AUGGCUACUGUUCUCAAUUUCUCAGGCAAAACACCAAGUCAGAGAAUGUGCCUCAAACCAAUGGCAGGGCCAGCCAUUAGUUCCAUGGCCAUUAAAAGAACAUGCCAAUUUGAGCAGAACAAAAGAGAUGCUCUGCAACAUUGCAUCUACGUGAAAAGGAAGGCAGAAAAUAAACAGUUAAAUGACCACAGGCUCUUUCCUGUCAUGGCAGCAGUACAGAGAAGCUCAGGCAUAUAUCCAAGUUCUCCUUCCCCAUCAGACACAAUCAAGAAAUUCUACAAAUGCAUCAACGAGAAAAACUUAAAGCAACUAGGAGAUUACAUCUCAGAAGACUGCUACAUUGAAGAAUGCUCUUUUAACACACCAUUACAAGGCAAAAAGGAGGUAAUGAAUUUUUUUGAACAGCUGAUUACAGGCAUGGGUCAAAAUGUCAAGUUCUGCAUACAACGCGUGUGCGAAGGAGAUGAGCUUAUAGGAGCAGCAAACUGGCACAUGGAAUGGAAAGACAAACAGAUCCCCUACACCCGAGGCUGCAGCUUCUUUGAAUUCUCCAAAAAGGGGGAAAAAAUAAUACUCAAGAAAGCCCAAAUUGUCAUUGAAUCACCAAUCAAACCAGGAACUGUAGUGCUGAGUCUGUUAAAGACAGUGACUGCACUCUUCGAUGGUUUCCCAAAAACCACUGAUUGGUUUCUAAAGAGUCCUCAUAUCGUUUUUCAAUGGUUAUGGAAGAUAUACACAAUACUUUUCGCACCAAUUGUAGACAGCUACUUAAGGCUUUGGAGCCUUGCAGCUCGACUGCUCAGCUAUGCAUACUACAUUGUGCUUUACAUUGCAAAGUUCUUCUUCAAGUAG